AUGACCGCUAGUUGUAAAAANNUGUGUCUGCUGUCCCGCCGAUGGGAGACCUGGCCCUGCGGCCACCACCGAGAGGACGAGCCCGAGCUUGAGGAAAUAUGCCCAGCCCGCCGUAACGGCGACGUGGCCGGCUGCAACCGCAACAUCCGCUGGACCGACGAGGCCUCUCCAAUCAUCCUGCCGAGCCUCGAGCGCUGUCCCGGGUGCAGAGGCGCGUUUGACAACAACGCCAACGCCAGCGACGCCAUGCUAUUCUUCCGUGACCGCGACGGCCUCGCCAGGCGCGUCUGCGAGAGCAGAAGACGAAACCAACACCGCUCCGCUGGCGACGAUGCUCGGCAUGGAGAUGGUCCUCGGGUUGGAGGUCGAACGAGUCGGUAUUUUCAGACUGCCGAUGGCUUUCGUGAUCCGCUCAGGCGGGGCGCAAGAAGCCCCGCGGCCGGAAGCACAGGGUCUCCUCCAUUCUCGGCCAGCGGCCCAAGACUGCCCUUGGCAUUGCAGGAAGCAAUACGGAGGUUCCGCAGCCAGAGGCCUGGUCAGAACAACCCAGUUUUGAUCGAUCGCAGCAUCGCUCCCGGUGCCGCUGCCAACGAAAUCCCUGACCGUCCCCGCACUCGCCCAUCCUCCAGUCCGCAUGGCAAUCGUGACCACUUUGGCCUCGGCAACCGUCCUGGCAGGUCUCGGACCCCGAUGCCUGGCGUCGGCCGCAGCUUCCAGCUUCCUGUGACGACCAGCAGCCCGCUCGGUGGUCUGCUUGGGGACGUUCACGGCCCGGGUAAAUUGAGGGGCAGCACCAUUUUUCCGGCGCAUCAUGUGGCGCUUCUGGGACCGGAAGCAGGCGGCAGCAAUAACCCGUUCCAAGGUCUGCUACGGGAGAUCCAGGCGAGCCGGAAUUCCGGCUCUGGUAUCGGUGAAAUGGAGAUUCCGGUCCAGGCGAACCCUCGGCCUCCCGGAAAUGUCGGCCUAGGUGGCGGACAAACGCCGUUUCCGGUGCAUGAACUCCAGGAUCCGGUGAUCCUAUCGCCCACCGAGGCCAUCGCGCGUGUGCCCGGUGGCUUGCUUGUUUUCAAUCCGUUAAUUGUCGGGUAUCCUCCGGGUUCUCUCGAUGGCGGUGGAUUGCGAGUCCACUGCGGAGGAGUUCAUCAAUGGCCGUGA